AACACAUCGAAAGUGUUUCGAAAAAAAAAGGAAAAAAACUUUUCAUGGUAAUUCAGUAGGCACAUCAUAUACCAUGUGACGUUUUUGUUAGUUUCCUUUUUUGCCUGGACAUUGUGUGAAAUAGUUGUUAUCACAAAACAAAAAGAUACAAUAUAUAGUGGUCACGUUCUGUUUACGUUAUAUAUGCCGAUGUGGUCAUUGUGCGCUCAGUUUUGCUCAAGAGUGCAGUUGUGCAAAUCUAUAAACUUUAUAGAAUGGAAUAAAACCUGCCAGAUAAAUGAUGCUGAACCCGGGGAAAGUAAAUUCGGACUCAUUGAAAGUACCGGAAAUAGCUUUGUUGCUGCCUCGACCUUUCCACAGAAACUAGCUGGUCAAUGCGAAAGAAAUGAUUGUACGUGCAAUGAGACCUGUAUGCCACGGGGACGUGAAUACUAUUGUGCUCCAUUACCUAUAACGUUAUCUAAAUGUAGCACACAUCUUCGCAUACGGGACUGCAGUGACCUUCCACAACGGAGUGAAUCAGGGGUAUAUACAAUAUAUCCAUCCGACGAGAAGAUUGAUGUUUACUGUGACAUGCAUACAGCAGGAUUUGGUUGGACUGUUUUCCAAAGCAGAAUAAAUGGAAGUGUAGAUUUUUACAGAGGAUGGUGCGAUUAUGAGAUUGGAUUUGGAAAUUUGAAAUCCGAGUUUUGGUUGGGAAAUCAUUUCAUAAACGUUCUAACCUCUUCUGGAAACUACAAGCUUUACAUACACCUUGAAGAUUUUGAAGGGAAUUCGAGAUAUGCAAAGUAUUCCGAAUUCAGUGUCGGAGAUACCACAACAAAGUAUACUUUGAAUCAAAAAGGAUAUAGCGGUAAUGCAGGAAAUAGCCUUGCAUACCACAACGGCAUGAUGUUUUCUACCAAAGACCAGGAUAACGACGUACGUUCAUUCAACUGCGCAGAAUCCUGUCAAGGAGCAUGGUGGUACAAGUCCUGUCAUCAUACUAAUUUGAAUGGGGAAUAUUUAGGAGGACCACACGAGUAUUUUCAUAAAGGGAUGAAAUGGAAAGCAUGGAAAGGGGAUUACUACUCAUUAAAAUCUACUAAAAUGAUGAUCAAACGACAUUAA